AUGUUAAAGCACUAUAUUUUACCCCGAUGGACCCUUAGUGUUAGGUACAAACUAGGUAGUGCUAGUAUCGGACUCGGAGAAAUGAAUAAUGAAAAUGGAGUUAGCACCUACACACUAUGGUGUGUCCGUUCAAAUUUUACUAAACUAAUUGAACAAGCAAGAGACCUCCCUUUAGAGAUACAAAAAGUCAAUACAAUAUUGAUAAGUCUUUUAGAUGAUCAAACAAAUCGAAAGAAAUCUACGUCAUUAGAGAAUACAUCUCAAGGUUCUUGUACGGGAGUUUCGCAAAUAGAUAUGAUGCCACAGUUAUCUGUCCGUGAUCCUCUUGGUCCAUCUACUAUAAAAGGGCAUCCUAAAGUUGCUAGUAGAAUCAGGUCUUCUUUCGAAGCUCCCAAAAAAUGUACAUGCUCUUACUGUCAAGGAUUGGGUCAUUACGCUACUAGUUGUUCCAAACUAAAGACAGAUGAAUCGUUGGAAGAGACAUAA